AUGGGGGUAUGCUGGCCCGCAAUGGUAUCGUUCAAGGACUUCCUGCUCAGGAACCGUCUCGUCGCCGCAAGAGCCGUCACACGUCUUCUCGAGACAGCGACCGCCACAGUAGGCGAUCCGGUCACCAUUCCAGUAGUAGCUCGACUGCCUCUUUCGACUAGAAAGCACCAGGAGGCAGCCAUUGGCAGGCGAUUGAGUCCAGCUUGGCAAUACUCGGAUGGGUUUGGAUCAGCGUUGUGGCCAGCUCGCAUGGGAGCAUGUUCAAGAAACACGAGGGGAAGGAAUCACACACAAGACGACUUACAAGCGGUUGAAAUGCUUCACAGCAAUCCCAAGGAUAUACCCGAACCAAACUCCCUCCUGGGCAAUCUCUCUCACGAAGAGUUAUCAGCUACCCUCUUUUUUCCGCUACUACCACCACGUUUCGGCUUUUAUUUUCUUUUUGUUUUUUACUGUUUUGCCCCAUUGUUCUUCACUUUACACUGGGGAGCAGCGAUAUAUAUCUUGAUAUAUCCUAUCUGCUGCCAACGAAUCAUGACGACACGAUACGAUUUAGAUGCUAUCUUACAUUUCUACGGGCGGCAUUUUCUUUUGCUGGUCACCAUUUGGUGUCCUUUUUCUCCGCGAGGGACGAUGUUGUUGCGACAUAUUCGGCUUGCUCUGCUUCCUUUGACCUUUCUGGUGGUCUGUUGGACGUUGUCACACGUUGCAUGA